AUGGGGGGAGCACUUAAAUGGUGUUUGCAUGUGCAAGUCGGCAAACGAAAAACAUUAUGUAAAGGUGCAAAUAACCGCGAUGAAGCACACGUGCGUCUUUUACGUUUUGCAGCUGUGUUGCAAUCAUCUGUUUGCCUUCCUGGCAGUGUUUCGAAUGGGAUUCCUGUGACUUCAGGAGGCUGCAGCAGUUCCUGCUUCCUGUUUCACAUUUUUGGAACCCUAAUUGCAAUUGGAGUUACUGUUUGUGCAGUGAUUGUAAUUACUAUUAUUCUGUGCCUCACCUGUUCCUGUUGCUGUUUGUAUAAAGCGUGUCGAAGACCACGGCCUGUUGUGACCACCACUGCUUCUACUACAGUGGUUCAUGCUCCCUAUCCCCAACAACAGGGAGUACCACCCAACUACCCAGUAGCCCCAUAUCAAGGAUAUCAGCCUGUGGCUAUCCAACCACAACCGGGAAUGCCAGUAGCACCAUACCCUGCACAGUAUCCUCCCCCUUACCCCAUGCAGCCAUCGGGCCCCCCAGCUUAUCAUGAAACGGUGGCAGCUGGUGCUGGAGCACCUUACCCAAUCAGCCAGCCCCCUUACAACCCUGCUUAUGUGGAUCCUCAGAAGCCUACCUAUUGA